GCUGCUGCCGCUGCCUGUAGGGGGGGUGGGACGCCGUGAGGCGCCACCGCUGUCACCGUCCCCGGGCGGGAAAAGUUGGGGCCGGCCCCGGUUGGUCUUUCCCGGCCGAGGAGGAUGCGGAGGGGAAGCCUCGUUCUCCUCAGGGUGGCCCCUCGCCCGCCCGCGGGUCCCUCGUUUCCCGCCACUGCCCCCUUGGCUCGCCCUCGGUAACUUGGGUGGGGGGCACGGAGGCGAAUCAGAGAAGCGGGGUCGGCUGGCUGGGGGCGCUGCUCACAAGCAUGAGUGCGGGGCCUGGCUGUGAAAGCCUCAGGAAAAGACUCCGCCUCGACCCCUUCCUCGCUGCCUCUGCCGCCAGGAGCCCCGAGCAGGGACAGCCCCCUUGCUGGGAGAGCGAAGUGACACAGCAGCCGCCUCCUCCUCUUCCUCCCUCCCCGCCUCCUCCUCUUCCUCCUCCCCCCAGCAGGGAGCGAGGGCCCAGCAGCAGCAAAGGCAGCUCCGCAGGCACGGUGGGGAACAAAGUUUACAGACAAAGGAGGAUUACCUCUUGGAUGGAGAAUAAAGGGCCCAAGGCCGUGGAUUCAAAGAGCUUGCAAAAUAAAACUAGCAGCACAGAAGCUGACCCCAAAAUGGCAUCAGGAAAGAAAGAUCAUGUUUUUGAACAUGACACGAGAAAGGAUGUUCUUCAUCAGAGUUCUUUGCGAUUAUCUGUGGAUGUGAACCCCAGUCCUGUGGCCUUAACUCAGGGUGGCAUCCUGCAUAAACGGGAAAUGGAGGAAACAUGUCGGGACCCACUUCCAGAAGCAGAGUCUACAAAAGAAAUCCAGGUUGGAGACCAGUUGAAGAACGCCAAUGUUAAUCAAGCACACAAAGUCGGCAGUCAGCUUUAUUGGAGAUGCAACGAAAACCUUGAGAACUGCCCUCACAGGAAGCUCACAUCAGGCAGCCCUACAAAGGUGGCCAAUGAAAAAGAAGCCUCAAAAGAUGGCAAUGUGGAAAGGCAAGUGGUGAUACAAAAUCCACAGCCAUUUCACAACUGUAGCUUGGAGCAUCUUACUUGUAUAACCCCCGAGCUGGACAGGGUGGGUGUGGUUCCCGAGAGCCCGCUUUCCGAUAUCGGCUGCGAUGCAUCUUCGUCAGAUCUGCACAGUUCCCAACACGGAGAUCGAGGGUGCGUGGGGGAGUCUCCUCCUUUUGAGAGAGAGAGUGAACCUGAAUCACCAAUGGAUGUAGAUAAUUCCAAAAACAGCUGCCAGGGCUCAGAGGCUGAUGAGGAAACAAGCCCCCUUCUCGAGGACCAGGAAGACUUUGAUGGAUCAAAAACACCAAACAGAUCCUCCUGUUUUCAAAGGGCAGAGGCUGACUUGGUCGAAAGGAAGCCUCCAUUUCCUUCCCGGAAAAGUGAAGGUGCUCGAUUUAGUCUUGAUUUGGAAGGGGUGGAUAAUCCAGCCAAACAGGUGGAAACGCGGUCUGAGGCAUACGUAGUCUCACCAGUUGCGUCGUCAGAAUGCAAAGGUGCCAAACACUGUGGGAAGAAGGACUCUAAAAUUACUGCACACUUUGCCAGGAUUAGCAGGACAGAGGAAAAAAGGAAUGAGCCAUGUGAAGUAAAGCCUCACAGGCCAGGAAGAAAGAUUUCAAGAUAUACCCCGCCCCCACUUCCAACGAAUAGAAAAUGGUUCGGGACACCUGUUGAAGAGUUGAGAAGAAUGCCGAUGUGUGGAGCUCGUCUUCCUUACUUGAGACCAUCAGCCAAUCACACAGUGACAAUCAGAGUAGAUCUUCUGAAGGAAGGGGAAGUGCCUAAACCUUUUCCAACCCAUUAUAAAGAUUCAUGGGACAAUAAAUAUGUCAAAAUGCCUUGUUCGGAGCAAAAUUUGUAUCCUGUGGAAGAUGAGAAUGGCGAUAGGACAGCUGGCAGCCGAUGGGAACUUAUCCAGACGUCAUUGCUCAAGAAAUUCACCAAUUCCCGUGAUUUGAAGGAAGCUAUUCUCAGAUACAAUGUCGCUUAUGCCAAGAAAUGGGACUUCACAGCCCUUACCGACUUCUGCGAUAAGGUCCUUGAAGAUGCAGAAGCACAGCAUCUGUUUCAAUCCAUUCUGCCUGAUAUGGUGAAGCUGGCGCUCUGUCUGCCUAGCAUCUGCACCCAGCCAAUACCUCUCCUGAAACAAAAAAUGAACCACUCCAUCACCAUGUCACAAGAGCAGACGGCCAGUUUGCUCGCAAAUGCCUUCUUCUGCACUUUUCCGCGACGGAAUGCCAAGAUGAAAUCGGAAUAUUCGAGCUAUCCAGAUAUUAACUUCAACAGAUUGUUUGAAGGACGUUCACCAAGGAAGCCUGAGAAACUGAAAACCCUUUUCUGCUAUUUCAGAAGAGUUACAGAGAAAAAACCCACUGGGCUGGUGACAUUCACAAGGCAGUGCCUACAGGAAUUUCCAGACUGGGAAAGAACUCAGAAAAAACUGUCCAGGUUGCACGUCACGUAUGAAGGUACCAUUGAAAGCAACGGGCGCGGGAUGUUACAGGUUGAUUUUGCCAACCGUUUUGUUGGAGGCGGCGUCACUGGCGCAGGACUGGUGCAAGAAGAAAUCCGCUUCUUAAUCAAUCCGGAACUGAUUGUGUCUCGUCUCAUUACAGAAGUAUUGGAUCACAACGAAUGUUUAAUUAUCACAGGAUCGGAGCAAUACAGCGAAUAUACUGGAUAUGCAGAAACAUACCGGUGGGCCAGGAGUCAUGAAGAUGAAACGCCAAGGGAUGAAUGGCAGAGGCGCUGCACAGAAAUGGUGGCCAUAGAUGCAUUUCACUUCAGACGUUUCCUUGAUCAGUUUGCUCCGGAGAAAAUUAGAAGAGAGCUCAACAAGGCAUAUUGUGGCUUCUCCCGACCUGGUGUCCCACCAUCUCAUCUUUCAGCUGUAGCCACAGGAAACUGGGGAUGUGGUGCCUUUGGAGGUGAUUCCAGGUUGAAAGCCUUAAUACAAAUCAUGGCAGCUGCGGAAGCUGGAAGAGAUGUCGCUUAUUUCACCUUCGGAGAUGCUGAGCUGAUGAGAGACAUUUACAGCAUGCACACUUUCCUGACUGAGAAAGGACAAACCGUUGGGGAUGUUUACAGGCUGUUGCUCAGAUAUUACAACGAGGAAUGCAAGUGCUGCUCUACUCCUAGACCAGAAUUCAAACUCUACCCUUUCAUAUACAGCACCGUAGAAACACACGUGAAUGCCACGGCGGAUGAGAAAGCGUUCUGUUUUGAUGAAUGAAAUGAACAUUUGAAUCCCUUUCUCCUUCAUGGGAAUAUCAACUAAAUUGCUGGAUGUAACAUACAGAGUAGUGUAAUUUAAUGUCCAUGUAUAGAAAUAUUAUGUUUGUCUUAUAUGUGAUUUGAAUGUCAAAGACCAAUCUUGAAGUGAAACCGACUUCUGCUCCAAUGUAAAAUGUUAACCCAAAUCAUCCCACCUAGAACAAAAUGCUGAGUAAAUGUAUUUUUUCCCAGGUUCGAGGCUGAGUUUUUGGUCUAUAUAUUCUUUAGCAAUUUAUCUGAAAACAGAUUUACACCUGCUGGCAGUUUCUUUCAUUUUUAAAGAGAGAGAACCUUACAAAUAUAUCUAUAGAUAUACAUUUUCUAUAUAAACUGCGUGCUUAGCAUAUCUUGCAGCCGUACAAUUUGCAAGGCUGUUAUGGGGGAAGUCUUCUCCUUAUCUUCCGUGUUGAACAUAGCAAAUUGUUCCUUUAAUAGCUCCAUAGAUACUUCUUAAAAAUUGUUUUAGCUCUGUGAACAAAAUCCCAUUUUGUUCUGGCUCAGUAAGGGACAUAAGCAGGCAAAGAUGCCUAAGAAACAAUCACAGGAAGAUUGGCCAGGGCAAAUUUUAGCUGGCAGGAGGGAAGAACUUGAUUUGGAUUAAAGAGUCAACCUCAAAUUUGGGGACGACGUCUCCUAUUAUUUCCUAUCUUUGGUGUUUCCUAAAAGCCUGUAUAUGGACCAUAUAUUUAUGAAAUGGCUAACCGACAUUUAAAAUAUAUAUCUUUUACGCCGUGCAAUAUUCCUUGUUGCAGUUGCUCUGGGUAAUUGUUGAGAUUCCAGUGAAAAAAUAUGUAUAUAGUAUUUAAUCUGCAGUGAAACCUAGAUUAUUGUUCCUCGGGUUUCAUAGCAUAAAAUAAAUCCCUGUAAGGUAUGUACAGGCAAUGCUAAAGCUGGAAUAUGGGGAAUGAGAAAUAAUAGGGGUGCGAUCAUGGGAAAACAGUGUCCAACUCAGGCCUUCUGAAACAAAUGAAAGUUGUGAAAAGAGCACAGCCGUCGAACUUAUCACAAUUCUUUGUUACUUUGGUUGGGCACGGGAGAGCUUCUUCAUGGGGAAGCGCUCUGAGAAAAGUAUGGAAAAUAAGCUAGUGGUGGACUGCUGUGAGGUUGGCAAGAGAUAACAAUAGAAAUUAUUUAGAAGGUGGCAUGUCAAAAAGUGAUCAUCAGUUGUGGGACAGGUAGCGGGAAAGCAGCAUCAAGCAAACCUUGUAGCUGAAUGCCACCUGAUGCUGUAGUGAUUUUUCCCCCUUCCGAUUCUUAACGCCCACUAGCACAGGGCUAAUAGGUUAAUUAGAGCCUUCUCAUCCCAGCAGCCGCCUAAUUAAAGAUGGAACUGAACUUUCCAGGAUGCUGCAUGAAAACCAAAAGGGAUAAUUCUCAGUUCAGUAUUUUGCCUUUCUUUCCCACUUCUUUCCCUUGCUUUGACUGUCUUUCCUCUGAACUUGAUGGUAUGCUCUCUCUUUUUCAAGCAAGCAAGCAAAGACUUCCUGCACCCUGAACGCGAAGGGAGCUGAUGGGGCCAUCGUUGCGUAGGUGGGAACGUGCCCUUAUCACCAACCCUGCAGUAGAGUGUUCUCGACCAACCCAUAUCUAAAUUCCUCAGUGAAAAGACUUGUCAUGAUGGUCGCCCUUGAGACUAUAUAUAAUAAUUUAUAGAAGGUUGAAAUAUAUCCUUAAUUCUUUUAACCUUGCUGGUUGUGUAGUUGCUAUAUUUUUGAUUGGGGAGGGGUUGGGGGUUGGAACAAGAAAUCAUAUGCUAUGUUUACAUGGUCGGGCUUUUUAAAAAAAGGAAAAUAAUAAAAACAGUGAACAUUUA